UUAGUCCAGUGUCCUCUUUAGGCAUUAUUGAUCACUACCUUUAGUGGUCCUCCUCUGACAUUGUUCUACUUUUUCCUUUUUUCUUAUUGCUACAAAAGCUUUCAAGAUCCCUUGUGAAAUCCAUAGCAACAACCUACAAGGGUGGCUUCACCAUUGUGCUUUGUGCUUUGUGCUUUGUUUCAUCAGAACCAAAUAAACAAUGCUAUUUUUGCAGAAGAAGGCUUUUGCUUUAUCCAUCCCUGCAAGUUCAAUACUUUUUAUCUUUCUUCUUCUCACAUUUCAGCAAGUCAGCUCAUCUCAACAGCACAACAAAAAUGAAGACAUGAUUCAUUCAAGCAAGAAAGACAACAGCCAAAAGAUGAGUUCCAGCCUAUUGUUUGAUAUCACACUCCAUGGGUUUCUCCUAUGGGCUUCAAUGGGAUUCCUUAUGCCUAUAGGGAUUCUUGUUAUCAGAAUGUCUAACAGAGAGCAAUGUGGAAGAAAGCUGAAAUAUUACUUUUACAUUCAUACAAUUCUACAGAUACUGUCUGUAUUACUAGUCACAGCAGGAGCAGUGAUGUCUAUCAAGAAAUUCAACAAUGCUUUCAAUAAUAGUCACCAAAGGAUAGGGAUUGGCUUGUAUGGGAUGAUCUGGUUACAGGGGUUGAUCGGAAUUGUAAGGCCAAAAAGGGGAUCUAAAACAAGAAGCCUAUGGUUUUUCAUACAUUGGAUGGUUGGGACAGCAGUAUCUCUCCUAGGAGUUUUCAAUGUAUACUCGGGAUUAUUUGCAUACCAUGAGAAAACAUCUGAAAGUAUAAGAAUUUGGACUAUAAUUUUCAGUGUUGAAAUUUGUUUGAUAUCAUUCUUUUAUCUAUUCCAAGACAAAGUAGAGUAUAUACAAAAGCAAGGAGUUACUUUGGGGAAUGAGUUGGUAGUACUGUCUCCAAAUCACAAGCAAAAGGAACUUCCUACCGAUCCAUGCUGAAGAAGGAGUAAUACAGUUGUUGUCAAAAGGUUGCUUUUUUCUUUCUUUUCACUAACAUGAGAUUGUUGUUAUUCUUCUUACUCAUUUCUCUCUUCUUCUUGGGAUUUGUAUAGGAAAAGAGUGUGGUUUUUUUGUAAGAAAUGAAAAAUCUUUUGGGUC